GAGCGACAGCUGCGCGGCUCCGGCGGCGGCGGCGUCCUCCUCCUCCUGCUGCAAGCGCGCUUUGGCGUCCAGAUUGAGAGGGAGGCGAGGGAGAGGUUUCCUCGCGAGCGCGUCUUCUGCUGCUGCUGCGUCUCCUUCUUCUCCUCCUCCUCCUCCUCCUUCUUCUUCUUCCUCCGGGCUCGCGAAGGCGAGGAGAGGCAGAGACUGACUCGGAUCCUGAGGACUGCCGGAAGGGAGGCGGAGAGAAACAUUUCAGAUCUCUCGCUCUCUUUCUCUUUUUUUGUUGGUUUUUUUAAAAAAAUAAUAAUUUUAAUAUACAUAUAUAUUUGGAGGGGAGAUGUUGGCCUCGGGGGGGUCCUGAGCGCGCUCGGCGGAUCCCGACCCCCCCCCACUCCCCAAAUAGAUCUCCAUCCCGCACCACCUUUGACAAGCUCGCCUUUGACUGACGGCGCAGGAGUGGCAAGAAGGAAACGGGGGGAAGAGAAGAAGAAGGGGGGGGGAAGUCAUGCGAGUUGGGUAGCCGGGGCUGGAGAGGCGACUCUCUCCCCCCAACCCACCCCGCAGCCUCCCCCCACCACCACCACCCCCACACCGGCGACACUCGGGACACAAACUGUUUUUAGAGGGGGGGGCAACACAAAAAAAAGGAACCGGCCUUUGCUUCCCCCUUUGCCGCUGUCUUGGAAACCGGGAGAGGAGAGCGCGUAAAGGCGCAGAGGAGAGCCAGGAGACGACGGAAGGAAAAAGCCGAGCGCCGGGAAGAGGAGAGCCGUUUCUUCUUCUUCUUCUUCUCCUCCUCCUCCUUUCCCCCCUUCUUUUGCUUUUGGCCGCCCCGAAGGAUCCCCCCCCGGCUCAUCCAGCCGCCGAAGACUCUGCUUGGACCGGCGCUCUUGGCGCUUCCCAAAGGAUUCUUUGCCCCCCUUUUUUCCUUUUUUGGGGGGUGGGAGGGGGGAACCGCUGGGGUUAUUUUUUUAUAUAUAUAUUUUAAAUCUCUUUCCACCCUGGCCUUAAGAAGGAUAUAGCAGAAGUUGAGCAAGGGCGACGAGGGAGCGCGGGAGGCCGAUGGCGCAAAGGUACGACGACCUGCCCCACUACGGCGGGAUGGACGGAGUGGGGCUGCCGAGCACCAUGUACGGGGACCCCCACGCCGCCCGCUCCAUGCAGCCGGUGCACCACCUGAACCACGGGCCGCCGCUCCACUCCCACCAGUACCCGCACGCGGCCCACACCAACGCCAUGCCCCCCGCCAUGGGCUCCUCCGUCAACGACGCGCUCAAGAGGGACAAGGAUGCCAUCUACGGCCACCCCCUCUUCCCCCUCCUGGCCCUCAUCUUCGAGAAGUGCGAGCUGGCCACCUGCACGCCCCGGGAGCCGGGCGUGGCGGGGGGCGACGUCUGCUCCUCUGAGUCCUUCAACGAAGACAUCGCCGUCUUCGCCAAACAGAUCAGAGCAGAGAAACCCUUAUUUUCUUCGAAUCCCGAACUGGAUAACUUGAUGAUUCAAGCCAUACAAGUAUUAAGGUUUCAUCUGCUGGAAUUAGAGAAGGUACACGAACUAUGUGACAAUUUCUGCCACCGGUAUAUUAGCUGUUUGAAAGGGAAAAUGCCUAUCGAUUUGGUGAUAGACGACCGGGAAGGCGGAUCCAAGUCGGAUAGUGAAGAUAUAACCCGAUCGGCCAAUCUCACCGACCAGCCUUCCUGGAACAGAGACCAUGACGACACAGCAUCAACACGUUCAGGGGGAACGCCGGGGCCCUCCAGUGGGGGGCAUACAUCACACAGUGGAGACAACAGCAGUGAACAAGGUGACGGCUUGGACAACAGUGUAGCUUCUCCCAGCACAGGUGAUGAUGACGAUCCAGAUAAGGACAAAAAGCGGCAUAAAAAGCGUGGCAUCUUUCCCAAAGUAGCCACAAAUAUCAUGAGGGCAUGGCUGUUCCAGCAUCUAACACAUCCUUACCCUUCAGAAGAACAGAAAAAGCAGUUGGCACAAGACACGGGGCUCACAAUACUUCAAGUCAACAAUUGGUUUAUUAAUGCUAGAAGAAGAAUAGUUCAGCCCAUGAUAGACCAGUCCAAUCGAGCAGUCAGCCAAGGAACACCUUAUAACCCAGAUGGACAGCCAAUGGGAGGUUUUGUGAUGGAUGGUCAGCAGCACAUGGGAAUCCGGGCGCCAGGACCUAUGAGUGGAAUGGGCAUGAAUAUGGGCAUGGAGGGUCAGUGGCACUACAUGUAACCUUCAUCUAGUUAACCAAUCGCAAAGCCAGGGGGAAGACUGCAAAGUAUGCCCGGGGAUUACGUGUCUCGGGGUGGUCCAAUGGGCAUGAAUAUGGGACAGCCAAGUUAUACGCCACCCCAGAUGCCCCCACAUCCAGCUCAGCUGCGCCACGGCCCCCCGAUGCAUACCUACAUUCCUGGACACCCACACCACCCUGCCAUGAUGUUGCACGGAGGACCCCCCGGAAGGCCGAUGUCAGCAACUAGCCCCACUAUGCUCAACACAGGAGACCCGGCAAUGAGUGGACAAGUCAUGGACAUUCAUGCUCAGUAGCUUAAGGGAAUAUACUUUUUAUCUUCAACGACGGCAGAAGUUGAAUGUCGUCGCUCCGGCAGUGACUCGACGGAGUUCCGAUCUUGGCCUUUAGUUUGGACCAAGGAACUUAUCCCAACUCACCAUUUAAAGGGACCCUGAGAAAGCAGGACGAAACACAACCGCAAACCGGUUCAACGUCUGGGGCGGGGCGGGGGGGGGACAUGCAAAAAAAAAUAACUAUAUAAGGCAACAGAGUGGAAUAUUGUAAAAUGCUAUUAUUCUAUUAUCCAUAUUACGUUGUUUCUUAUAGAUUUUUUAAGAAAAAAAAAUGUGAAUUUUUUUCCACACUAUGUGUGUUGUUUCCAUAGCUCUUCAAUUCCUUCAGAAGCCUCCUUACAUUUAAAAAAAAGAAAAGAAAGUGGAAAAGCCUUACAGUUACCCUGCAAAUGACAAAAACAAAAAAACCCCAACCCAAUUUAUUUGCCGAUUUUUAGAGCAUUAAAAAUAUCUACGUCGGGCAGAAGAACGUUUCUUCUUUCCUAGGAUUUCAGCCAUGCACUCUGUAUUUCUCUUUUUCUUCUUUCUUCUUAGCUCUUCUUCUCCCCCCCCCUUUUAUCUAGCCCGGGGCGUGAAUUUGCAUGUCUAAUUCAUUUACUCACCAUAUUUGAAUUGGCCUGAACAGAUGUAAAUCGGGAAGGAUGGGAAAAACCAGCAGUCUUCAACAAUGAUUAAUCAGCUGUUGCAGGCAGUGUGUGUCUUAAGAAGCCUGGGAGGAGGAGGAGGAGGAGGAGGCAUGGAAACCGAGAGAGGGAGAAAAAAGUGUAUUUGAACCGAAAUUGUCACAUCAGAGAUUCGUCCUCAUGUCCCCACGACGCAGCAGCAGCAGUGAACGCCACCGACAUCACUUCCUGUUUUACGCCGCUCAAAAAAACAAACUGAAGAGUUAUUUUUUACUACGCCGACUUAUUUUUAUUUGGGGGGGGAUGUUUCCCAAGCAUCAGUCGUGCAUUUUUCCAUAGUCCCAUCAUGGAGCAUAUUAUUGUAUACAUUGUAAAUAAAUUUUGUGCAAAAAAAAAAAAAACCAACAAAACCCACAAAAAAGGACUGGAAAAACGAACUGUAUUAUUGCAUUUUUAUUUUAUUUUUUUGUAAAUGUAGCAGUUUGGUAUGAGUUGGCAUGCAUACAGAUUUUACUAAGUGGGAUAAGCUAAUUUUACUUUUGUUGUGGUUAAAAACAAAAUGCUUGUCGAUAGCCUUUUUUCUAUCAAGAAACCAAGGAGCGAAAUUAUUAUUAAUAAUCAUUGCACAUUGAGUCUUAGAGUUUCUGAUCGAAACGGUUUGGAUUGUACAAUAACGCAAAGCCCAGUUGUAGUAGUUUGAGUGCAGUAACGAAAUCUGAAAUCUAAAAUAAAAGCAAAUUAUUUUUUGUCAU